AUGACUUCGGGUUCCGAAUUGAAAGCUGAGGUUGACGCACCAGUCGUCAACGGAAAAGACGAAUUGGUCCACGAAGAAGAUAACAACGAUUCGGGUCAUUCGUCUAUCAACACUCCAGAUGCCUCAGAAGACAAACAAACUGACAAGCUCGUGAAAGUGACAAUUCAACCUUCUUGCGGCGAGGCUUUCGAUCUUCAUCUCAGUGACAAUGAACUAGUUCAAGAACUUUAUCAAACGUUGCUGGAUCGAGAAGCCACUUGUCAUAGAACUUGUUUUUCGCUCUAUUUGAACGGGACUGCUGUUGAUAACUAUUCAGAAGUUCGGUCUGUUCCGGGUUUUAUCGAUGGAUGUACUCUCAAUGUUGUUGAUGAGCCAUACACCGUUCGUGAUGCUCGACUUCAUCUACGCCAAGUUCGCGAACUUCUGAGAUUUGGCCUUGUUCAGGAUCAACACGAGCCUCCAUGCGGAAACGAAGCUCAAUCUUAUCUAGCUUCUAUUGACUUGAAUCCAAGCGAGAAAAAAGAGUCAAAACAAUCUGAUAUUCUUCCUCCGGAUUAUGUUCUCCCAGGAUGCAAAGAACGCUCUCUUGCCCAUCUCGUCGUUCCGCAACAGAAGGAGCUUAUCGCCGUGAAGGAUAUUGCAUUCUCUCCAUUCAACCCACCACCAGGACCACGGAAGCUGAGAGGAGACGUUCUGUAUAUCGAUGUGACAACUGUUGAGAACCGUGUCUACCACCUGACAUGCUGUACUAGAGGAUUUUAUGUCAACAACUCACAAGAACAAAAAUUCGAUCCAACCAUUUCCAAUGCCAACAAAACGAUCUACCAAAGUGUGAUUGAACUUCUUCAAAACGUCAGUCCCGGAUUUAAGAAAGUAUAUCCGCAAAUCUUGAAAAGAAGAGUGGAGAAGUCUCUUGUUGAGCGCCUUCCAACAAGUUAUCCAGUUUCUACAUGGGUCGCUAGUCCACUGAAGCCGGAUAACUAUUCCAGUGAUUCGCUUCGUGCGAUUGAACUCAUCGAGCCGUUCCGCGUAGGAUUUGAGGAUCACAUGCCUGGUCUCCUCCGUGAUUGGAAUGAAGAACUACAGACAACUUUUGAGAUGCCUCGCAAGUCUCUUGCCGAGAGAGCUGUUCGCGAUCGUAGCUAUUACAAGAUUCAUGCUGAUUACGUCAAUGCUGCAGCCAAAGGUGUUCAAUCAAUUCUGGAUGGAAAUAUAUUGGCAAUCAACCCAGGAGAAGACAAGAAAACCCAUAUGUACAUUUGGAACAACAUUUUCUUCAGUCUUGGAUUCGAUGUGAGAGAUCACUACAAAGAACUAGGAGGAGAUGCAGCUGCGUUCGCAGCCACGUCUACUGAUCUACAAGGAGUCCGUGCGUUCGCUACUCUCGAAGAUCCAAAGUUGAAUACACUUGGUAUGGCUAUUUUCGACUAUAGAGGUUAUCGUGUUACUGCUCAAUCAAUUAUUCCUGGAAUUCUUGAACGCGAACAGGAACAAUCAGUUGUGUAUGGAUCGAUUGAUUUCGGAAAAACUGUUGUCUCGGAUGAAAAGUACCACGCUUUGCUGGAAGACGCUGCUCAGCAACUGAAGAUGCUUCCACACAAUGUUAUUAGUGUUAAGGACGGAGUGGAGCAAGAAUUGAAACUCUUCACUAGCUACGAAGCUAAGGGAAUUGUUGGAAACGACGGAAGAAAAUACGUUUUGGAUCUUCUCCGCUCAAUGCCUCCAGAUGUCCAUUACUUGGAAGAUGCCGAAGUUUCCGAGACUGCAAAGGACCUCGGAUAUCCACGCAAGUUCCCACACAAACUUUCUGCUCUUCGUCGUGAGUUGGUGGAUCAAUUCUGCGAGUCUAGACUUGUGAUGUUCAUACAAUCAACGGCAAGAAAGAUUCGUGCUCUUAUUACUGAAGCGAAGGAGAAGAACGAUGAAGAACUGAUAAAACAAGCAGCUGAAGCAGAAAGUGAGCUUUCACUGGUUUUCGUGGCUGUUAGCGAAGAUAGGGAAAUCGAAACUAAGAAUAAGAUUGUCCAGGACGCCAUCAAGGAGGCGUGCGCGGAAAUUCAUUCCAUCUAUGAAGAUCGCUUCGUAAUCAAAUUCAAUCCAGAUUGUUUCUCGCCUAAUGUGAAGCAUGCUCCAAGCGAAAACUUGGAACGUCAACGCCGAGUUGUUAUUGAUGCCGCCGAGUACCUUCUCACUAAUCAAAUUCCUGAAAUUGUACAAAGCUUCAAGGAUUGCACCGUGCAACCAAUUGACGGAAACAAUCUCGCUGAUAUUCUGCACUCGAAAGGAAUCAAUAUUCGUUACCUGGGAGAAAUCGGGAAACGCGUUCAAGAUACGAACUCUUUCGCUCGUCCACUCGUUCUCUCGGACAUCGUUGCCCGUUCAGCGAAGCACGUUAUUCGCAAGAUCAAUGUUCAAACUCCAGUUGAUCAGUUGGUUGUUAGUACUUCGCACAUUCUCAACUGCCUGUUCUCUACUGUUUCUGAGCCAAGCCCUGUGGCUUCGCAUGCGCAUAAGAAGAGUAGCAAGAAGAACGGUAAGAAGAAGAAUUCUGGAGUGUGGGCAACGCUGACAACUGCAUCAUUGUGGAAGAGCAUUUGCGAGGAAUCUGCGUAUUACUAUGGAUAUCAUAUUGAUACGGAAACUCUUGACAAGUUCCUCGAGCAACAUGAGAUUCAAAAAACUGCUCUCUUCCGUCGCGUUGUCAAGAUUAUGGGAGUUCAAAUCGUUGCCAGAGAUUAUCAACUCGAUUCCUCGGCGAAAAAAGUUGCUGCUUUCACUGAAGACGACAUCAUUAACUUCUAUCCAAUAAUAAAACACCACCAACCUUUCACAGUUGAUGCCAAGAAGAUGAUAAUUCGUGGACAACAUGCUAUGUCUCUCGGUGCAUCCCGUGAAGCUUAUGAAUGCAUAUCAGAGGCUAUAAACAUCAUGACUGCUGUUUACGGUGUUAUGCAUCCAGACAUGCCUCAAUGUUUGAGAGCGUUGGCAAGACUGGGACAUGUUCUUGGAGAGACACCUGAUGCUCUCAACCAUCAACACAAAGCAACCGUUAUGAGUGAACGAUUGAUCGGUUUAGAUUCCGGGAACACCAUCAUUGAAUACAAUUCCCUCAUUCAUUAUCUUUUAAUAUGUUUUCAGAUCAAUCUGGCUCAUUUCGCGUUCGGUGCACUUCUCAUUCCAGGCUCUCUCCGUCCUCUUUACCGCGCUAGAUACCUCAUGAACCUCGUCUUCGGAGAGAAACACCCUAUUAUGGCUCAAAUUGAUGCCAACAUUGGAACGAUUUUGUUCACCAUCCAAGAAUAUGACACAGCGCUCAAAUACCUUCAAUCAGCUGACGCCAUCAGCAAAGCUAUUGGGGAACCAAGAAAGCUGAAGACCGGACUGAUCUCGAAUUUGAUUGCAAGGACACAUGCCGCUCGUGGUGAUUUCCGUGCUGCUCUCGUUGCGGAGAAAGAGACGUCCAGCAUUUAUACUGAGCUGUAUGGAAAGAAUCAUCAAAGAGUAAAGGAUUCUGGAGAGUACCUCCGUACUCUGACCCAACAAGCUGUUACAUUCCAAAAGAAAAUGCUUAACCCAGACAAUAACACAAACAUAAACGAGUUGUUCCAGAUCCAACCUCCACCAAUCAGUGCACUUUUUGAUAUUUUGAAUAUCAUCAACGGGAUAAUGAUAAUCGGAAUUCCAGGACUGUCCAAUUUAGCGGCACUGGAAAAAGAACAAAUCGGAACUGCUGAAGAGAGCAAAGCCACUGAUGUCGCUGCUCAACUAGACAAUGAAACCUUAGACUAG